AUGUCUCGCGCUUUUCUAGUACUUGGAACUUUUCUCUCAGGCCACGUUCGGGGCUUCGACCACAAAGAACUUGUUUUAUUCAAAGAACAGCUGCUAUAGCCAGGUUCUACAUCUCUUUUCUAAAUCAUACCCUGGCACCCGUCCAUCUUAAAUACCGGAUGAUUCCUUCCUACACAUCUCCUACCCUAGAGCUUUUCAGUCUGCACUUCAAGCGAUACUCCUUUUGAAAACAUGACUUCGCCUGCAAAUACCUCCACCACUCGAACCCCAACAGCACCAAAUGGGGCGCCGCCGCGAAUCAUUCGCCGUCCAAGGGUGGCGGACCCGUUAGUGCGACCGAAGAGGAAGCCUACCGCGAGACCUCUAACUGCAGCUGCAGCAGCAUCAGCUGCCAAUGGUACACCUUCAAAAAUGUUGCCUUCUCAGCAGAUUGGCGGAAACAAUGCACAGCCUGGACCCGCAAGACCAGAGCCGGUGAAGAACGAUAUCUCUGUGAAUGGAUUCAGCGGUCCUCUACUCUCCGAGACGUAUGUGGAUUAUCCUCUGGUUACAACCAAACGUGCUCUGCGAGAGGCCUUGAAAUACCAUAUUGCUAGAUUUUCAUCAAAAAAGAACAUAGAUCCUCGGGAUGAGUCUCAGUUUACCCGGCCUGUGAGGCUUCAACGACGAGACCCACGAGCCAAGCCGCACGAAACCGAUCCUGAAAAGAACCAAAGCGGUCAGAAGUCCGCGCCCACGUCAGAUCAACUACUAGAUGAUGCGGAACGUGAAGAGUUUGAAGCCAGAAAGGCUGCCCGGGAGAAGGAACGUGCGGAGAACCUUGCGCAAAUAGCCCCUUCUGUUGGAGCGCCGCAAAAAAGGACAAAUGUGCCCAAACAGAAAACCCAACAGGUCUUCAAGGCAGACAUGACCCCAGAGGAAAUCGCGAAGGCACGCAUUAAAUAUGAAGAAGCCUUGCCCUGGCACUUGGAAGAUUUCGACAACAAAAACACCUGGGUUGGCAAUUAUGAGGCCGCUCUAUCAGAGACGUACGCAGUGUUUGCGCUUGAGAAUACGGGCAAAAUGCGGAUGAUACCGGUAGAAAAGUGGUAUAAAUUCAACCCAAAAAACCAAUUCAAGGCCUUGACAAUUGAGGAGGCUGAAAAGUUCAUGUCCAAGAAAAUAAAAGACCCAAGGUGGUUUAUGGAAAAGCAGCAGGAACAAGCACAACGAAAAGAAUUAGAGAAAUUCGCUAAACAGCGUAAGGUCUAUGCUGGUAAAGCGGGCGUGUCAGCUAGGUCUGAAGGAUUGGAAGCAGAUGACAUGGAUUUCGAGGAAGAUAGGUUUGCUGAUGAUGAAGAACAUGAUGAUCUAUUCAAUGAUGAUGAGGAGGCGAAAACGGCAGAGAAGAGGAUCAAAGAAGACCAGUUAAAAGCAAACGUUUUUAACUUGAAGGAGGAGAAAGAUUAUGAUGAGGAAGAGUUAAAGGAGAGAAGAGAAAGAGAGGCACGGCGAGUUCUCGGCAAAGGUGUACGCAAGGCACUCCAAAAGCGUGAGAAGAAUUACGACUAUAGCAGUGGCUCAGAUGUCAACCCCUAUUCUGACGAUGAGAGCUCUGAUGACACUGAGACGGAAGCGCUGAAGGCAGAAGAACGCAAAGCUGAGGAGGAGGGAAAUCGAAAGGAGUCGGGGCCAUCUUCGAAAGAUACUAACACGCCUUCCGGUCGUAUCAAACAUACAGAUCCAUCGAAGAAAGCUACGACUCUUACACCCCGAAAGCGGCUGGGAUCCCCUAAUGCUUCAGAUGCCAGCGGGACAGAUACCUCUCGAAAGAAGUCCAAGAACAAGCAUGUCUCUUCUACUCAGCCAACUUCGCGCCCGGUAUCUCCCCCUGCUCUGUCCUCGGUACCGGCCGGCAAAAAACGAGCUCGGACUAUGAUCUCUAUCGCAGGGUCUGUCAGCGAUGAUGGAGGCGCUGGAUCAGGAGGGGAAAUAAGUGAAAGUGGAAAGGUAAAGAAGUUGAAACUGAACACGUCUCAAAAUGAUACCCCGCAAGGAUCAAGAGCGGGUAGCCCUGUUCCUCAGGGAUCCAGAAGCUUCUCAGGAAGUAGAGGCAGCAGUCCAGAUGGUUCCACGGUAAUGAAGGGCCAAACUCGAGUUGCUACUCCAGGAUCUUCAGCGUCCUUGGGGUUCCCCACCCCUGCAGAGAUCCAUGCUGCUAUUCCCCCAUCCGGUAUUCUCAGCGGCGACUUGCUCAGGAUUUUUAGACCCCGUAUUGGCGAAUCAAAAGAGAACCAUCGACGGUUCAUAGCAAUCGUCAAGGAAGUUGGGGUUUACGGGAAAGAAGAUAGGAUGUUGCGACCAGGGCCAUUUAAGGAGACUUGGAACGUAUAAGUGCAAUUACAUAUAGGUGGUCUUUUACUCCCUUUACAUAUGCAAGAAAUAAAACAUACCCACACUCUAUAUGGACAGAUUAAUGUCUUCGUUUUUUAGUUGCCAGUUUUGACAAAACUAGUGGUUG